AUGGACCCCAAUCACAAACUGAGUAAAUCUGGAGAUGAACCAGAAGUAGAAAAAAGGAUGUACCAGAGUCUGGUUGGAAAAUCAAUAUAUUUGGCACAUAUCCGACCAGAUAUUGCUCAUUCGAUAAGUGUAAUAAGUCAGUUUAUGCAUGAACCAAAGGAGUCUCACCUUCAAGCUGCAUACAAGAUUCUACAUUACUUAAAAGGAACUCACGGAAAGGAAAUCCUAUUCAAGAAGAAUGAAAAAUUGAACCUUGAAGCCUACACCGACGUAGACUAUGCAGGACCUCUAAUUGAUAGAAGAUCAACUACUGGAUAUUGUACUUUCCUGGGUGGAAAUUUAGUUAUAUGGAAAAGUAAAAAACAGAAUGUAGUGUCUAGAUCAUCAGCCAAAUCAGAGUUCAGAGCACUUGCUCAAGGAAUAUGUGAAUUAUUAUGA